CUCUCUUGCACAUUCACUAUCCCAUCCAUUGCUUCUCUCUUUGAGCCAUUUCUUUGCUUUCUCACAAACAUGAAACGCAUGGACCUAUUCUGUGCUUCUCCAGCUUCCACAGCCAUAUGUUCAAGCAUGGAACAACGGUCCAUGGUCCGCCAUGCCACAAGGCCAAUCGAUCGCCAUAGCCACCGUCUCGGUGAUCGAAGGAAAGGCCGAACACCUAUCACUUGUUCUUCUCAACUACCCAUUGAUCCAAAAACUUAUUAUCAGAAGUAUCAAAAGAGUUCUAGUGCUAAGCAAAAUGAUGUACAACGUAGACGAAGCUCGGCUGACAUAGCUGAUCUACCUAGUCCUGCUGCUUCUUCUAGGUAUCUCUUGAGUGACACCCCUUUUUUCAGCUUGUUAUCGGAUUCAGAUCAUCUCAAAGCACUGGUUCCUAGUCAACCUAUGAGGCCGAGGCCAAGGCCUCCUCAGAGCUCAAAUAAUUGUCCUGCUUUAAGAUCAUUGUCAACUGGUUCUCGCCCUCAUGAGCAGGUCGUGGAAUUGAGGGUCUCACUGCAUUGCAAGGGAUGUGAAGGAAAAGUUCGAAAACAUAUCUCUAGAAUGGAAGGGGUGAAAUCAUUCAGUAUAGAUUUGGCCACAAAGAAAGUGACUAUCAUAGGCAAUGUGACCCCAUUGGAUGUACUCACUAGCAUUUCGAGGGUGAAGAGCGCGCAGUUUUGGCCAUCUCCAACUUCUUCUUCAUCAUCAUCAUCACCUUCGUCGUUGUCCUCACCAGCAGUUGGCCUGAGUUAAUUACUAGCUAAAAGCUCUUAGGAAACCAGCCUGUUCUUUUCUACUUUUUGCCUUGUAAUGAAAUUAAUUAGUGUGAAAUCUCAGCAUGGUGUGUGUGUUUGAAUAACUAGUUAGAUGUUUAAUUACUUACUAAUUAUGUAAUUUAAAUGUAAAUCUGAUUAUGAUCGAGAUCACUUCAGAUCCUAAUCCUCGUGUUGUUCAAAAUAAUGUAAAAAGUACUAAAAGAGACUGUUGUGUUUCUCUUGUACUCUCUGCUUAUCAUGCUCUUGGAACAAACAA